AUGCGACAAGGUCUUUGGAGACAUCGUACAUAUUCAUUUCCAAAUAUCUAUAAUCCACUCAGUUUUGCUUCUCCUUUGAAUAAAUUUGGAGCGUUUGCUGAUUCACCUGAACUACAUCAAACUCUUGCACAUGCUGAGUUGACGAUCUGUCGAAUCCGGGCUUACUAUAAUCUCAUUCAAGAAAUUUGUCAACAAUCUGUUAUUACUGGUGAAGCAUUUUCCUCUUCUCUGUUUAAAUUGGCCAAAUGCAUUGGUUUGGGUUUAGAUCAAAAACAGUCAUGGUCCUUUAAUUCAAAUUUGUCGAGGGAAUGGAAUAAUUUUGGCACACAGAAGAUACUUAAUCAUGCUACUCAUCUAACAAGUUUAUUUGCAGAACAAACAAGAAGGUUAGCCACUAAAAUAUCGGAUAUAGAACAUAUUUUAUCAAAAAAUAACGAUAGCCUAAAUAAGUUGCAUGAUCUACGAACAAAUUUUCAACGUGCUUAUGAGCAUCUUGAUAAUGUAAUCAAUCGCGCUGCUUCAGCGAAUCCAACACGAUCUCCUAUAGAUUUACAAUUAUUUGAUAAUCAAGUUAAAGAGGCUCAAGAAAUUUACCAAAGGACAGCAAUAGGCUAUUUAUCCCAUCUUCGUCAAGUGAUUGGACCAAACUAUAUUAUUUCAUAUAUGCGAUUGGUAAUAUUGGCACUUUCUGUUCAACAAUCUUAUUCAGAACAAUUGGGUUUAUUAUUUAAUAGUUCCAGUAAAACAAACAGUCUAACUUCUUCAAUAGUAGUUCAGCAAUGUAAACAGUUAAUCACUAGCUUUGAGCAGAAAACAAAUACUGAAGUUCCCAGUAAAAUUAAACCAUCAGAAGCUGGAGCUGUUGAAAUAAAGGCUAUUAAAAAUUUGAACAACCCACCAAACCCUCGACUAGAAGGUUACUUAUUCAAGAGAAGUGGAAAGAAAGGUUGGCGUACAUGGUCUCGGCGAUGGUUCCGUGUACAUGAAAACCAGUUAGUUUAUUGUAA